GAUCAUGAUUAGAUGUGUAUUUUUGCCAACAUGGACAUGGGAAGUCCGUCGUCUGUUCAGCUUCCUCCGCGUUGAGACUUGGGUAGCGCCGGUCCGACAUUAACCAGUUUCAGACGGCAGAGAUUUUUCCAUUCAGCACCAAACGAAAGAAUGGUUUUGUUUACUUACUAGCCAUGUGAAACAGUAAAAUGCUGGAAAUUGAUAAGUGUCAAUAUUUAGAAGAAGGAUUGGAAAGUUUACGAUAAGCUGCUGUAAAGAUGUGAUGGAAGAUGAGACUGAACAGUAUGAGACGUAAACAUAUUGUGUUUGUGGUGGUGACAGUAUUCCUCUCCUGGAACGCCAUCAUGUACUACGUUUUGAUGUCACGGCACUCAAAAAAGAUGAUCCCUCGAGAUAUGGAGCUGGACAACUUGGAUGUUGGCAUUCAAAACCAACUGAGACGAAACCUCGCAUUACUAGCAAAGCUACAGGGUAUCCGUAACAAAACUGAAAUGAGCUUGAAGACAAACAAGCCAGAAAGGAUGGUGCUGCCCGACAGAAAAGGAGAUGGAAGCGAUAUGAACAAGGUGGUCCUACCUAUACUGAUGAUAGCCUGUGACCGGGUAACGGUCAGUCGUAGUCUGGACCUUCUUAUCAAAUAUCGUACCACAAAGGAGAGAUUCCCGAUUAUAGUUAGUCAGGACUGUGCUCACAAACCAACAGCUGACGUCAUACAAAAAUAUGUCGUGUCGGACAACAUCAAACACAUCAAGCAUCCUAAUCUGACUAACAUAGAACUGAAUAAGAAGGAUAAGAAAUUCCUGGGCUACUAUAAGAUCGCUCGCCACUACAAAUGGGCGCUGAACCAGAUCUUCUUGAAGUUUAACUACUCGGCUGUUAUCAUUGUAGAAGAUGACCUCGACAUCUCCCCAGAUUUUUUUGAAUAUUUUUCGGCGACUUAUCCAAUUCUGACCUCUGACCCCUCAGUUUGGUGUGUAUCUGCGUGGAAUGACAACGGAAAAGGUGGCAUGGUGUCAGAUGACCCAGAGCUACUGUACAGGUCCGACUUCUUUCCUGGACUCGGUUGGAUGAUGGAGAGGAAAAUCUGGCUAGAGAUCGGACCAAAGUGGCCAGUUACAUUUUGGGACGACUGGAUGCGUCACCAGGACCAAAGGAAGGAACGCGUUUGUAUACGUCCGGAAAUUUGUAGGACGAGUACAUUCGGCAAGAAAGGAGUGAGCAGGGGUUUAUACUUUGAUAAACAUUUGAAACAUAUCAAGUUGAAUGACCAGUUUGUAGCAUUUACACAGAAAAACUUAUCCUACCUCAUGAAGGAGAACUAUGACCCCUGGUUCACACAUAUGGUUUAUGAAACACCAGAAGUGACGGUUGCCGAGGUGAUGUCUGGCAGUAAAAAACACCUCAAGGCGUUACGUGUCACCUACACUACAAAGGAACAGUUCAAGGCUACAGCUAAGAAGCUUGGCAUUAUGGACGACUUCAAGGCUGGUGUCCCACGUGUAGCCUACAGAGGAGUAGUCAGUUUUGUCUUUAAAGGACAGAGAAUAUAUUUUGCUCCAAAACCAGAUUGGCAAAAAUACGACAUCAAAUGGAAGUGACCUUGACCAUGUGGUGACUUUCAUCACAUUGACCUUCAAAAGAGGACAUUUGUUUUAUCAUUGGUCACUGAAGGGUCGUCUAGUUAAGACGGCUCCUGUUAUCGUUUAUAUAUGAUUUGUCUAUCACUGUGAUCUAUACAGUGUCACUAUAGAAUCGGCCGACAUGAAUGUUUCCAAGUCAGUAAUACAGACAGUUUAUAUCAUCAUGUUGAUGAGGUUGAUGUGUAGUUUUAUCAUCGUCCUCGGUCAAUAUCAUGUACCUGAGGUUAAUUUAAGGAUUGAAUAAUGUUAUGUUGAGGUGUAUGGG